CAUCACCACCACCACCACCGUCCCGGCCUUCUUCCUCCCUUCCUCCAAAACCACCAACAAGUCGACAAAAGCGCCCCCGAACCCACCGUCACCAUCUCUUCUCUGCCCUCCCCUCCUCUCUCCUCCUCGUUCUUCUCGCCCACUCUGCAUCCGCACAGUCGCUUCGUCACCCUUCGAGAAGGACAAGGAGUAAAAACCGACUGCGACGGCACGGCACCCUGCACCACAUACUUCAACCAGUCCGCGACCGAUACAUCGUCGACCUGCCACGACCGACUACAGCCCAGCCUAGUCUAAGCCAAAUCCGCCCUCAUCGAUUGCCGUCACUCGCUUGGAACAUCGCCCGACGACCUCGCCUUUGGGAAUACCCCUGACGCACACGAACAUCUCUCGCUUUCUCUCAACCCCUCAGCAUCUGAAUCCCGAACCGAUCGGACGCACAGUGGUGACGAGCGUGCAAACCGGCCCACAUAAGAAAUCACAACCCCCUCGAGCAUCAGACGAAGUUACCCGAAAACCAAACCCCUCACGACUCGACCUGCAGACGCACGGGAGUUUUACUGCUUGGAAGACGCAUCCGCCCUUGGCUUUUUCGGCAUCAAACGAACGGUACGACGCUUGGAGGCAAUCCGUGUGCCAGAAGCUGGGACGGCAGCUGGACCUUGCUCAACCUCGACCUACUUGGGACGAAAACUAGACCACGCCGAUCUCAUCGCCAGAGUCAAAACUCACCCACGCACAUCGAUUCUUAAAAGCCAUCUUGGUUAACACAACACAUCCAAUCCAACCAAUCCACCACUCGACCUGAACGCUUCUCCUUCGCAACUUCUGUUCCAAUCCCCUGCGCUUGACUCGCUGGAUUGUGGUUCAAUCUUAAAACCCUCCCCGUGUCAACGCUUGUGUGUUUUGGGCCACCCGUAAUCAGGUCGAAUACCUUCCCUCGAUCGCUUCCGCCGUCUCCGCAUUCCAAAGCCUUGUGUUGAUUUACGGCGACCGACAUCAGCACACCUACAUCCCCCGUUACCCUUCUCCCCUUUGCUCUUUUACCCGUCUUCAAUUAUCAAACCUAUCCAACUCACUAGGGCAUCCUGUUUGACGCCUCGUCAAAUCCGCCACAAUGUCUGGUCUUUCGACUACUAUUAUGCCCUUUGCGGACCUGCCGGCCUGCGCUCUGAACUGCGGCCCGCUCUACGAUGCCAACGGUGCAUGCGUGCCCCCCGCCGUCCCGGCCGCCGACGGCAGCGUCUACGACGCCUGCUUCUGCAGUCAGGCCGUCCUGCAACCCUUCAAGACGGCCGCCACUGGCGUUUGUGACGCCGCAGCCUGUGAUGCUGCCGGCUUCAGCAGCAUUCAGGGAUGGUACACCUCAUUCUGCAACUCCGUCGCAGGCGGCACUGCCACUCAGGCAUCCUCCUCGCCGGGUUCCUCCGCGACGAGCGGGUCAUCGAGAGGGUCCGGGUCUUCCAACAGCGGGAACGGUGGCGACUGGCUCUCCAACCACUGGAAAUGGGUCGUCAUGCUCGUCGUCCUAGUCGUCGCCAUCGCUGGCAUCUGGAUCGGCGCCUGCAUCUGGCGCCGGCGCUACCUCCGCCGUAAGGAUCGCAUGUACGAGCUCGGCAAGCACGCCCACAAGGGACCCAGCGGCAUCAUCGCCGGCUCUGGCGUCAACGUCAACCAGGCCGGCAUCAUCAACUCGCCCGGCCAGUUUAUGCCCGGGCCUCCUUCCGCAGUCUACGACGAGAAGCCCCCCAACGAGAGAAAGAGGUGGAUCGUGAACGAGAGGACGUAGGCCCUACGACCAUCCCAUCAAAGGAAGCGGUGCAACUGCUCCCUUGUUCCAUCACCAACCCACCAACGGCUUAACGAGACGGCGUUCAUCUUUUUUUUUAUUUUUUAAAACGGCAUUCGGUGUUUGGACAUCCACACCCAUACAAACGCACGCACAUUGUUCUGCGCAAAGACUUGUUGUCUCCAUUUACCUCAUCAUUUUCCAUGGUCAUUUUAUAGGAGUACGGCUGGAAACACGGGAAACCACUAUUGGAUACGAGAGCAUUGGCGGUCAAACCACUUGCUCUCUCGCGCAACCAAAACAAAACGAAGCAGCGCGGCGGGUAAAGGCCGACGAAGGUUGCGGGAGAGGAGUGACGAGAGACGGGGAGAACCAAAACAUCCGACCGCAAACCCGCAUGACAGAAACAGGAACCCCCCUCCCGGGUCUGCCGGCCGGAGGUUUCUUUAGACUCGGCCCGGAAAGCGAGAGGCACUCGUGGUCGGGCUUCGGGACGCGUUCCAAAAAAUGGUAAUCCUUUUACAGAAGCCGUCUAUCAUCGUUGAAAUGCGUCGGUCUUGUAAUUGGGAGGCAUCUGUCAAAAUCAAACAAGUGAUUUCUGUGUAUCCUCGAUAACCACUCCUCCAGGCACAAUCGGUCACGAAUAUAACAGGUAUGCUCUAUCCGAGCGGGUCGAUCAAACCAAUGGCCAUUCGAGCGCUGAGAUCCUGCGCCUAAUGCUUGACGUCGUCAUGUGAAAGGAGCAACGAUGAAGGGGCCCGCCCGGCUGGAUCAACACCAGAACAUCAAAGUCGGCAAGCAGAUAGAUAAGCUUGGAGCCGUGAUAGGUUAUUAUUAAUGCCUUAUAUCUAUAUACCAUCUGAAACCCCCAGCCGUAUCCCUCGUCCAAAAAGGUGAAUCAAUGACUUUACUCGGCUUUUCGCCUGUUCCAUGCCUUCUUCUCUGCAUCCCCCUUUUUGAAACUCUCAAACCGUCUCACCAUCCUGAA